ACCCUCGCGUCUCUACAUAUCCAUCUCCUCCUCACCAGUUGCUCUCUCACAUUAAACGGCAGGCCCAUCAUGGCUGGGAUCUACUCUUCCUCCCUCCUCUCCUGCCUCCUCCUCCUCCUCCUCUUGUGCAUACUUGGUCCGUCCGCCUCAGACGACUCACUGCAGGACAAGUGCGCAUCGGACAUCACCAAGUUGCUUCCCUGCCAGGACUACGCUAGUGGCAGCAAGGAAGAGCCAACGAGCGACUGCUGCAGCUCGGUGAAGGAUAUCCGCGGCUCCCAACCUGUUUGCCUCUGCUAUGUCAUCCAACAGACGCACUCCGGCUCCUCCGCCUUCAAAUCCCUCGGCCUCAAGGUUGACAGGCUCGUGCAACUCCCCACCGCUUGCAAGCUUGCCAACUCCAGCGUCAGCGACUGCCCCAAGCUUCUCAACUUGUCUCGGAGCUCACCGGAUUACUCUAUCUUCACAAACAUUACGACAGCUAAUACCACCUCCAGUGGAUCAGCAGAUGCGGCACCUUCAAAAGCAUUCAUCCACAGCAUCUGCCUCUAUGGAACCUUUGCGAUUGGAUUAGUCACAGCUACCUUCUUAUCUAUUUUAUCUUAGCAGCUGAAUCAGUUCCAAAGAUCUUCUUAGUCGUUCAUGUUGUUGUUGUUGUCGUCAUUCAGUUGUUGACGUUUCAGCCAGAGCAAAACAAUCCGUAUUUGUUCAGAUUCGGACUUGGAUUAUGACUUUUAGGAAAAAAGACUCUUCGCAGCAGUUGAUUAUAUAUUCUUACAGCAUAUGUUUUCAUGUUUCAA